AAUGUAAAUAUAUAUAUUUGGAAGAAACAUUCAAAUCGAAAACCCUAUUACAAACAAAUGGAAUGCAAACCCUAUCCCCAAAUUUGCUCUAAACUUUCAUGUCUUCUCGCUUUAGCUUUAGCCAUAAUUUCUUACAAUUGGCGAAUCCUAAUGAAGAAACUAUGUCAGUUUCGUCUUCGUCCUCGACCUCGACCUCGACCUCGACCUCUUCCUCCAGGGCCAAAAGGUUUUCCGAUCAUCGGUUGCCUUCCAACCAUGGUCAAGAAUAAUAUACCGACAUUUAAAUGGAUGCACCAAUUCAUGAAAAGAAUGGAAACCGAGAUAGGUUGUUUCCAUCUCGGAAACACCUAUUUCAUCACGGUUACAUCCCCCGAGCUCACGUGCGAGUUCUUGAAAAAGCACGACGCGAUUUUCGCGUCGCGGCCAAAAGUGAUGUCUUCAAGAUUGAUAAACAAUGGCCACAUAUCAACAGCCUUUUCCCCGGCCGGCGACCAAUGGAAGAAGAUGAAAAAGAUUCUCGUCUCUAAAGUGCUCUCGCCUUCCAUGCACGAAAAAUUUCACGACAAAAGGCGCGGCGAAGCUGAUAGAUUAGUACGGUAUGUUCAUAGCCAAUGCCGGAGCGAACUCAACGAUGGGAUUGUGGAUGUAAGAUCCGUAGCGCGGCAUUAUUGCGCCGGUGUCAUCAAGAGAUAUAUUUUCGACAAGAGAUCUUUUGGAAAGGACGAGAAAGAUGGAAGCCCGGCAAUCGAAGAUGUGGAACAUAUGGAGGCAACCUUCAUACUCUUAUCACAUCUCUAUGGAUUUGCAAUUGGUGAUCUUUGUCCAUGGUUAGAGGUGUUCGAUUUCGAUGGCCAUAAGAAGAUUAUGACGGAUGCUAUAGCCGUUAUCGAUAAAUUUCACGAUGUUGAAAUUAAUCGAAGAGUCGAAAUUUGGAAGAAAGGGAUUGAAAUUGGUGAAGAGGACAUCCUUGGAGUGUUGAUCAAUCUCAAAGACUCUCAAAACAAUCCCUUGUUGACAAUUCAAGAGAUCAAAGCACAUAUCAAGUUGAAAUCGCAGGAUAUAAUAUUAGCUACGACCGAUAAUCCAUCAAAUGUAGCCGAGUGGAGUCUCGCGGAGAUGAUCAAUCAACCAAAAAUCUUCGACAAGGCGCGCCAAGAGCUAGACCGCGUAGUCGGUAGGGAUAGACUUGUCGAAGAAUCGGAUCUCCCUAACCUCAACUACAUCAAAGCAUGUGCUAAAGAGUCAUUCCGGCUACACCCUAUAGCUCCUUUCAACGUUCCACACGAAUCAUCCAAGGAUGUCGUCGUGGGAGGCUAUUUUAUCCCGAAAGGCAGCCAAGUUCUGAUUAGCCGUCGUGGAGUUGGACACAACCCGAGAGUUUGGGAAGAACCACUCAAGUACAAGCCGGAGCGCCACAUCAGCCGCGACGAGGACACCGGGGAGGUCAUGAUCUCCGACCAUGAGUUAAGAAUGUUUUCGUUUAGUACAGGCCGGCGCGGCUGCCCCGGGUUCAUGCUUGGAUCUACUUUAACAACUAUGCUUCUGGCAAGGCUUAUUCAGGGUUUCGAUUGGAAUGCGCCGAAUGGGCCGGAAUUUAUCGAUCUCGGCGCGCCGGACGACGAUAAUUUUCUGAUGAAGAGACCGCUGCUCGCGCGUGCUACGCCGAGGAAUCGGAUUUUGAUCUUGUAUUGUAUCUUUAGGCUUUGUUUUUUUUAUUGUUUUUUUUUUUUUUUGCGCACAACUUUUAAAAAAAAUAAAUACACUACACACAUUUAUUAUUUUUAUAUUUUUUACAAAAUUAUCUGUAGUUCACAUAAAAAAAAUUAUUUUUAAUAAUCUAACAAAACAAACACGGGUUAGUUUAUUAAUAUAUGUAAUAAUGGGUUUUCUUCGAUGUGUUUGAUGUUGAUUGCACGAAUUAAGAUAGUCAAAUUGAGAAAAAUUGUUGAUCCAAGAUCGUAAAUAUUUUAUAGAAGAAAACCAAAGCCCAAUAAAAGAAAGUUUUGGAUGAACCCUAAAAAUUUUGAGAAGUAGAAAAUUAGUAAUUUGAAACUUUUGGUGUGUUUGUCCUGAAAAUUUUGAAUCGAAAUACUUGUACGAUGAAAUAAAUAGUUUUUUUUAAUGAUAUUUUGUAUGUUAAAUUAAUUUUUAAUAUAAUAUAAAAAUAAAUAUUUAAUUUAAUAUUUUUUUAAAAUUUCGGUGACUCCCCCAAACGAACACACUGGAAUAUUGGUUUUAAGAAAUUUUAGUUUAAAUUUUAUAUUUAAAUAAUAUUUUUAAAAAUUACUCAGAACACAAAUUUUAAAGAAUGGGGAACAAAAUUUAUGUAUCGUUGAUGAAAUUUUAAAUAUAAAUAAAAUUAUUUAUUUUUUAAAAAGAGAUAGAAUCAAAAAGAUUUUAAAUAGUUUUUGUACCAUGUUAUAUAUUAUGUAAUUAAUUAAUUUAAUUUAAAUUCAUUAAAUAUAUUUUUAUUAUAAAAUUUUAUUUAAAAUAAAAAGAUAUCAAUUAAUUUUUUACAAAAAAAUGUGUCAAUUAAAGUGAGAUAAGAAAAUAUGAAUUUUUUCUGAAUAAAUAUGUUAAUUAUUUUUAAAAAGAGAAAUAUAUAGCAAAUUAAUUUUUAAUAUAAUAUAAAAAAUAAA